AGUUCAACAAGUUCAAUGGGGCACCACUGCACAUCUCGUGGGUAAGAAUAGCGGGAAGUUUGGACGGAAAGUGCUGCUGGAACGACUGGAUCAGGUGGGGGUAUUCACAUUAAGAAUUUUUUUUCACUGAUAGCGUGGGGUUGUUAUUGUUCCAUGGUUCUUCGUAUGUAGCACAGGAAUCGGAAACGAACUUACGAGGUUAUAGUUUCCUUCAAAUAGUCGCAGAGAGUAUUUGUUGCGCCUUCAUUUGAUUAUGCAAUUUACCCGGGCCCGUCUAUCAUCACUUGCAUCAGCUCGUUCAAUGAGACUACGCAGUCGCUCGGUGCGUAAUGCGGAAAGUAUGGUAUCGCAUACCAGCUCAGGUGAAGUGUCUAUGAGCUGCUUCUUCUCCCUGCCGCAACGUCGAGUGAAGAUGCCUCCAGAUACCGCAUCCACGACGAUGAUCAUAAAUCAUACUACACUGAUAAUGUCAAGCUCACCGGCGGCGCGUCAACGCCUCGAUAAUUUGGCAACAUUGCAAUUGCUUGCAAACUUGAUGUGCACUGGCAACAGUUGCAUACUAUCUCUGACCACGAAUGAUGUCAUUCUCCGAAUGCAAGUUGUCCAUGCUUUUGUGAAGUUUAAGGACGAUAGCUAUGAUUCUUAUGCUGUGUCGCCCGAAUCAUUACGCCUUCUCACAGUGGUCACCGGCUCAUUGUGUUUCAAGCUCAAUGUGAAGGCAGCUACGGUCGAAAUAGCACUCGAGCAUGACGCGUGAAGCUUCGGAUGGGUCCUCCGAACGGAGGCAGACGCGGAAACGAGGAAGCCAGAGACGGCCUCCGUGUGGCGUCGGAGAUGGUUACCGGAUUGCGCGUCGGGGGGUGCAGCACACGCCCUG